AUGAUCCCUCAUAGGACUACCGGCCUGCUGGCAGUGAUCGUCUUUGUCGCGCUUCUCCUGUUCAUAUUUUCGGCAUCUCCAAUCCCCGAGCCGACGGUACAAGCGGAGGAAGGGGCUGAUCCCAGCCCGAAGCUUCACGUCUCGAUCCCCAAACUUCCGUCGUGGGGCGAUUUUCAUCUCCCUUCUUUCCGCGCCCCAUCCCACGAGCCUCCUGCCGAGCAAACGAACAGCACCAGCGGCGAGUCGAAAUGGUUCAGCACCUGGGAGUGGAAGAGCCUCUUCUCCUCGACCAUUACGCUCGAUGAGAACCGCUCGGCCCUACCUCCAUUACGGGAACGCCGCCCGGUGUACACCUACUACAACCCUCAGUACAACCCUAAAAAGCAGACUGGCAAGGAGCUCAAGGAAUACCGGAAGGCCGAUGAGAAACUUUUGCUCGCUUGGCGACGGGCCUGGUUUGCACAGGGGUUUCGCCCCGUGAUUCUGACACCGGGUGACGCUAUGAAAAGCCCGUAUGGAGAGAUUGUCCAAAGGUUGAAAUUGAGCGCUGAGAUGGAGAAUGAGGUGUUCCGGUGGCUCGCAUGGGGUCACAUGGGUACGGGACUUCUCGCGGACUUUGAGUGCUUUCCCAUGGCACGCUACGAUGACGAUCUGCUCAAGGCUUUGCGACGAGGUAUGGCGCCCGAGUUCAUCACACGCUUUGACAACUUCCAGGGAGGACUCUACUCGGGAGACAAGCAACGCAUCAACCAAGCUAUCGAGAGCGCAGUCGCGAAACUUGAGGACAAUUCCAGCUCGUUCACGGAUUUGAUUGAUCCUGCGCUAUUUCGAGUGGAGCAACCGACCGCACUGGCAUAUUACAAGUCUUCAAGUAUCACCUCUCUCUAUCCUGCUAUUCAUGAGAAGAUUAGUCAAAGCCCCGCGAGUGGCCGACUCCAACUCGUGGAGCUCAUCAAUGCUCACCUGCACAGCACCUUCCAAAGCUCCUUCCCCGCUGGCCUAGCGGUGCUCAAGCCGUUCCGAGAGCAUACAACCGCGCUUGUGGAGCCCGCCCUGCGCCUGGCCAAGGCCCUGACCUUGUGCCCGCAGUCCCCCAUACCUAAAUCUUGUCCGCCCAAUGCUCCGGAUUGUCGCCCUUGCGCUUCCGGGAAGACACCAAUGCGUAUCAGUCAGCCAUCGGGCUUCAAGAACACCACAUUCCUGUUCACGAUCGGCACUUUGCCUCACCCCUACACUCUGAUCAGUCUCCAAAAGAAUGCCGACACGCUGACCCCUCGUCAGAUCCGUCGGGAAACUGAGCGGGAUGUGUGGCUGACGGAGGUCACGCAAGAGCAUCUUGGAAAGGAGCUGGGUAGCUCAUCUCGGGGGGUGGUCUUCAAGCAAGUUGUAGCUGGGGAGCAGGCUGUCGCGAACUCUCUAUGGAUGACCGUCGAGUCCCUUCCCGCCGAGGCGGGCCAGAGCCUUCCGGCCGAGCUUCUUGAUGAGUUUGAGUGGCAAUUUGGGUUCCAGAUCCCUCGUGGCAACGCCAUCGACCCUCAGACGCCCAGUGACAAAGAGAGUGUUCAGAACAACACUCCCAGCCAGCAAGGCGUUGAGAAGGAGUAUGAACUGAUCAAGAAGGCCCGCGAGAUCAUCAAGAGUAAAGAUGCCACCCACAAAAGCAUCAAGGCUGUCGCCGAAGCCUGGAAUCUGGCAGAUACGGAAGUGUGGCGAUUUGUGAAGGCGUAUCAUGCCCGCGCUGUUGUAGAGCGGAAACAGUGGGAGGAGGAGGAGAAGGCCUUUUCAAGCCUUUCCACAUAA